AUGUCUCUCUCGGCGGCGACAAUGCGGUCGCUUGGCUGUCGACGUCCUGUCCGUCUGGCGCGCACGGUGGCCAGUUUUGCGGCUGGUGGUUUUACGGCCGAGGCGCUCUCGCGGCUGCCCACGACCGUCGACGUCUCGUCCGACGGCUUCCGCGAGAACGCGCGGCUGAUGCGGGCGGCCGUCGAUCGGGUCGAGCAGCUGACGCGACAGGCCCAGCGCGGUGGCCCCGAUACGGCACGAGCAAAACAUGUGGCCCGCAACAAGAUGCUUCCGCGCGACCGCGUGGCCGCGCUGCUGGACGUGGGCUCGUCCUUUCUCGAGCUCUCACCACUCGCCGGCCAUGGACUUUACGGCGUCGCCGGCACUGCCGCCGAUGUUGCGGCUGGUGGGAUCAUCACAGGCAUCGGCCGCGUCGCCGGAGUCACGUGCCUUGUGGUCGCCAACGACAGCACCGUCAAGGCCGGCUCCUACUAUCCCAUCACGGUCAAGAAGCACCUGCGCGCACAGGAGGUGGCGGCACAGAGCCGGCUGCCGUGCAUCUAUCUCGUCGAUUCGGGCGGCGCCAACCUGCCGCUCCAGGCCGACGUCUUCCCGGAUCGCGACCAUUUUGGCCGCAUCUUCUUCAACCAGGCCCGUCUCUCGGCCGCCGGCAUCCCCCAAUUGGCCGUCGUCAUGGGUCCCUGCACUGCUGGCGGUGCCUAUGUUCCUGCCAUGAGCGAUGAGAGCAUCAUUGUCGACCGACAGGGCCACAUCUUCCUCGCCGGGCCGCCGCUGGUCAAGGCUGCCACCGGCGAAGAUGUCAGCCCCGAAGAUCUCGGUGGCGGCCGCAUGCAUUCGACCGUUUCCGGUGUCACAGACCAUCUCGCCGUCGACGAUGCCCAUGCUCUCGCUCUCGCCCGCCGCUGCAUCGCCGACCUCAACUACCCGCCUGCCGACAGCCCGUCCAAAGACGCUACUCCCCCUCUCUACGACCCCGACGAGCUGCUCGGCAUCGCCUCCACAAAUCUUCGCCAGCCUAUCGACCCCCUCGAGAUCAUCGCCCGCAUCGUCGAUCACUCUGCCCUGGCCCAGUUCAAGCCAGACUACGGUACCACUCUCGUCACUGGCUUCGCCCGCAUCCAUGGCCAUCGCGUCGGCAUUCUCGCCAACAAUGGCGUACUCCUCUCGGCUGCCGCUCUGAAAGGCGCUCACUUCAUCGAGCUCUGCGCCCAACGUGGCAUUCCCCUUGUCUUUCUCCAGAACAUCGCCGGCUUCAUGGUCGGCUCUGCUGCCGAGCGAGACGGCAUCGCCAAGCACGGCGCAAAGCUCGUCGCCGCCGUCUCCUGUGCCGCCGUCCCCAAGUUCACCGUCGUCGUUGGCGGAAGCUAUGGCGCCGGAAACUACGGCAUGUGUGGCCGUGCCUACAGCCCCCAUUUCCUCUGGAUGUGGCCCAAUGCUCGCAUCGCCGUCAUGGGCAGCGAGCAGCUGGCCACCGUCAUGGAAACUGUCGGCACCCGCAAUCCCGAUCCACAACUGCGUACUCGCAUCGAUGCUGAGAGCGAUGCCGUCUUUUCUACCGCCCGUCUUUGGGACGACGGCAUCAUUCCCCCUCAACACACCCGUCGCUACCUUGGCCUCGCCCUGAGUGCUGCCAUGGGUGGACGCAAUUGCGUCGCCCCCAAUGAGACCAAGUUCGGUGUAUUCCGCAUGUAG